GAGACCGACAGGGUCAAAAAGAAAAGAAAAACAAAGCAGAGGAAAGAAUGAUGGUGAUGGUGCACCACAAAGUAAUCUAGAGGCACAACCAGAGGAGGUAAACAUUGAGUCAUCAAAGGAAGGAGAGAUCGACCAAGGGCAAGUGGAAGGAGAGGAAAAGUUGAUGGAGGUGGAUGUGAACAAAUCAGAUGAACAGAAAACCCCAGAAAAUUGCCUUACAGCUGCCUCUGGUGGAGAUCCAUCCAGUGGAGAGCAGACAGACGAUCAUCUGCCUGAAGAGGGGCCAUCAGGAGUGGCUGCAGCCUCAAACACAGCAGCUCAGGUCUCAGAUGAUCCUCCAGAUCUGUCGGGCAUGCUGCAGUUCUCUCUGGACUCCCCAGGUGGAGCCUGUGUGUCUCUCUCAGCCUGAUGUCUCUGGGACUGCUGAGUGUGCAUGUGUCCAUACCAAAGCAGAUGGUGGUGGUGGACAGCAAUCUCGUGGACAACGAUGUAGUCAAGAGUAUGGCAGCAUUGGAGGAAGAGGAUGAUGAUGAUGAUGACGGUGACGAGUGUGAGGGGAGAAAGAAGCUGGAGGUGAAGGCACAUCAAGCUUCACACACCAACUACCUGAUGAUGCGAGGAUACUGCUGUCCAGGCAUAGUCAAACUACGUAACCUCAACAUCAAUGAUAACAUUGUGGUGGAGUCAUGUAUUAUGAAGCUGCAGCUACGCAGCACACCUGCUCACCACUUGUUCAGUAUGGAGAACUCUCCACCACCGGACUUCACUAAAUGUGGUCCUUCUCUGCUGCCGUCCAUGCUCACCUGCUCAUUCCGUCCCUCCUCUUCUUCACCCAGUGUGGAGGAGUGUGACAGGCGUUUGGUAGAGCAAAGAGGAUACACUCCUCAGGACAUAGAAGCAUGUGCUCAGCUCAGGAGGAGCUUAGACAAAGCUGGGGAGACUGGCUUGGAUGUACAUGAACUUUACGAGGCUCUCGCACAACAGGAGGAGCCACAGUGUGGACGCACCAGGAGCAUGCAGCAGUACAUGAAGGAGUUACAAGAAGAAGGCCAGGUGUUAAAAGUUGGCGGUCUGGGCGUCCGUUGGGUGCUCAUGCAGCACGCUGACCCGUGGCUGCUGACUGUAAACUCCAAACAGUGGUCCCAGUCACGCCUCAAAUCUGACAAACUCCCCUUCUUGGAGAAUGAGCACAACAUCCCCUUCAUGCGAAAGAGAUGCAGACGAGAAACCCGACAGGAGACAGAGGAGCCACCAGCUAAAAAACCUGCCGUGGACAGACAAGAGAGCAAAGACAGAGUGGAUGCGGAGGGAUUGCCAAGCAACGUGACGAACGAGGGAGAACAGCUGGAAAAGCAGAAAGAGAGGGAAGAUGAGGAAAGUGGAGACAAACAGUUAAACUUGAGAGAAGAUGAGGGAGCAGAGCAGACAAGAGAGGAGGAGGCAGGACAAGAUAAGAUAGAAACAGAGGAGAGACAGGAAGAACAGACAGAGCAGAGAGCAAGAGGGGACAGUACAGACGCUGAAAGAGCUGAAGAAGCAUGUUCUCCCCAGGCAGGAUUAACUGAUGUUGAUGUUGAUGAAAAUGUGAGUUUUAUCAGCCGGCCGUGGCGCAUGGUGGACGGUAAGCUGAACCGGCAGGUGUGCAAAGGCAUGCUGGAAGCCUUGCUUUACCACAUCAUGUACCAACCUGGACUCACACAGCAGACGCUGGUGGAACAUUACAAAGAUGUGCUGCAGCCAUUGGCAGUGCUGGACCUCGUGCAGGCACUUAUAGACAUGGGCUGUGUGACCAAAAAAACUCUGGUUAAAGGUCCUAAGCCCACACUGUUUGGUCACACUGUGCACCAGACAAAAAGUGAGACAGGAGUGAAGACUGAGGAUCCAGACACAGUGUUUUAUGAGCCAACCAUCAGCUGCUGCCUGCGGCUCAGUCAGGUGUUACCCAACGAACGUCACUGGAACAACUGUUUACCAUGAAAGUGUUCGUCUGCCUCACUUGACCUGCACUUGGCCUUAACCUGGCUUCUCCUGGCAUCACAUUAGGUACAUAAGGCUUUUGAAGUUUAAGCCUCAAGAAGCUCAGUAGUCAGACUCUUUUCUGAUACUUAAAUAAUGUAAUUUUAAAAAACGUUUCAUGUCAUCAAUUCUGGUUUUACAGAAGAGGGAUUUCUUUGUUUGUUUGUUUGUUUGUUUUUUGUUUGUUUGGUUUAUUGUAUUCCAAAUUAAUAAAAAUGCAUCACAUGA